AUGUUCAACGCAAUUGGAGGCGCUUUCCGAAGCAUCGGAGAAAAAACCGCUUCUCUGUUCGAGCGUAAGAAGAAAGACGUGGAGCAGAUAGCAGCGGAGAAGGCGGAAGAGGCAGCUCAUGUGGUUGAAGAGCAUGUGAAGAAGGCGGGAGAGCUUGUUGAUGGGGUGCAUCAGACUGCCGACCAAGCAGCUAACUCAGCAGCAACAGCAG